GUGUUUUUUAUAUAAAAUAUAUUUCACAUGUAGGACACACCAGCCGCCACUAGGUGUCAGCAAUAAACUGAAGAAUGACAGAAAAUGAACAAUUUGUUGCAACUGAGCAGUGGAUGUCAGAGUUGAGAGGUUAGAAACUGGAGGCGGGCACCAAGAGGAGAGGUAGGUCUGGACUCUGGAUCGUGAUCGUGCUAAAUGAAAUUAAGUUAAUAAAAUCGCCCAUAGCAAGUAAUGAUCCAGCUGGAUCGAAAUCCUAGGAGUGAAGUGCCUUCCUGCCUCCGGAGUGCGGAUUAGGCUCUGUAAUGCUCGUCAGAGAGGCACUCCUUCCUGGCAGCCUGCAGAGUGGGUGGGGGACACAUGCUUGUUAGUAACUGCAGGAAAGAGCUGGCGAUAUUUAUUCUGUACGUUCCAUGGAACCUAUUAAUAAGGGCAUCCUAUCCGGCUGCAUGUACCUACCGAGGGUUAAAGUGCAGAGCCGAUCACUUGGAGCCUGGGCUUUGUGCAUUCCGUAUUUCAUACAUAUUUGGAAUGGGAAUGAGAAUGUUAACACAUUCGUGCACAGUUCUGUAUGUCAGCUAUUUGGUGAUUAGUGCUGAAUGUAUAAUAAAUUUGAGGAAGUCCAGCUAUUUUGUAAUCUGCCAAUAAAUUGGCACUGGCAGCAUUGGGGUUUGUAUACCCGCUAGUUAACGUGUUUUUACAGCUAAUGGUCUACAUAAGGUACAUUUACACAGUAUGUGCAAUGUCCCUAUGGCUACUGGAAGCAAAUGUAUAUUCUCAUGUUUUUUCAUCAUGUAACUGUGAAACUGAACGUAAAAGCACCAUGACAACAUAAUCGUAUUGUAUGAUGUCAAUACAGUCUGUUCCCAUUUACUUGUAACUUGCAGUGAUUGGUUAAAAUGCUGUGGCUACAAUCUCGACUGUUUUCAUAAUUACAUCAAUGGGAGAAUCCACCUGGUUUUAGAAGUAUAGAUUUGGAUUGAGCCAUUGAGUGACACAUCAGGGAAGAUUUAUCGAAGUGUUCUGUGCUAAAGUGGUGCAAAAUGUAAAACAGGAGAAGUCCCCAUUGGAAUGUGCCGAAUUGUUUACAUGGUGUCUAUCCCAGUUUUAGCACUUAAAGGAACACAAUAGGGUCAGUAACACAAACCUGUAUUCCUGAGCCUAUGGUGUUAAAACUACCACCCCCGCUGACUCUCCACCUUGCCUUCCUAAAUAUAGUAAAAAUUUACUUGUAUUUAAGUCUGCAGCUGCUGCCUCUGCCCCUGAUCUGCCUGCUUAGCCGACAUCAUCAGAAGUAAUUUUGUAAGCCAAUCACAAUGCUUUCCCAUAGGAUUGGCUGAGACUGUCAAGAAGGCAGAUCAGGUGCAGAGCCAGCACAAGUCAAACACAGUCCUGGCCAAUCAGAAUCUCCUCCUAGAGAUGCAUUAAAUCAAUGCAUCUCUAUGAGGAAAUUUCAGUGUCUCCAUGCAGAGAGUGAAUACACUGAAUUGCAGUACUGCACAGUGUGCAGCACUGCCCAAUGAAGCACCUCUAGCAGCCGUCUGAGGAGUGUCCAGUGGAGAUAUCACUAGGCUGUAAUGUAAACACUGCAUUUUCUCUGAAAAGACCGUUUUUACUGCAAAAAAAGGACACUCCAGGCACCCAGACUACUUCUGCCCAUUGGAGUGGUCUGGGUGCCAACUCCUAUCACCCUUAACCCUGCAAGUAUAAUUAUUGCAGUUUUUAUAAACUGAAGUAAUUGCCUUGUAGGGUUAAGUCCUCCUUUAGAGGGACUUUUGUGUUCUUUACCUCCAACGUCGCUGUAAUCCCCAUAGGAAAGCAUUGAAUAGUGAUUUCCUAUGGGGAGAUCUAAUGCACGUGCGUGGUCAUUGCACCGCAUGCGCAUUAGUACUCCCUCUCCGUCUGGUGUCGGCGAGGGAGGAGCGAUGGUGGAGCCUGACCCAGCGCCGAGGGAUAUGGAUUCAGGUAAGUCACAGCAACAUGGGAUGAGGAGUGGGAGGGAGAGGGGCACUGCAGAGUUCUGCAGUGCUAGGAAAAAGGAUAUGUUUUCCUGGCACUGGAGAGUGCCUUUAACCCCUUAAGGAUACAUGACAUGUGUGACGUCAUGAUUCCCUUUUAUUCCAGAAGUUUGGUCCUUAAGGGGUUGAGGGAAUGAUUCUACUCACCAGAACAAAUACCAUAAGCUGUAACUGUUCUGGAGACUAUAUAGGGUCCCUUUAAAUUUGGAUUUUCCCAGAAUCCCACCUCUAAACACGACCAAAGUAAACAGGUUCCAGACAUUAUAAUAACGGCAAUAGAUGUCUGUGCCAGUGAUGCUAUAAUUGAGAAUUUAAGUAGGAGAAGCCUUUAAUUAACCAUACAAAUUAAAAAGCAGGCUUUUUUUCCCCCCCACAGAAACCUUCCCAGUGCGAUUCUCAGUUUACCGAGACUGCUGCCUGGUAAUACAAUAUCUUAUUUUAUUUCAGUGCCAAUUUUUUCCACUUGUAAUGUUCGUUUUUACAGUUAUGCUUCCAAUUUGGCGACUUUGACCUUCAAUUUUAAAUUGUUACAUACGUGAAUAGCCCUGUGUGUUUUGAGGUCAAACGUCUUUUCUUUUUAGAAUGUUUAACUUGUGUCUGAUUAUUUCAACUCUGUGAAGAAGCCAUUCUUGUCCAUAUUGCCAUGUAGAAAACAAUGUUGUACUACUACAGUUAAAUCCUGUAGAUGGCAGCAGAUGACUAGACAAUUACAAUGAUAAAGUGACUUGCUGCCAUGUCUUUAUUUGUGGAAAACAACCAAUCAACAUGUGUAAAGACCACAUUUGAUGUAAUUAUUAUGCAAACUAGUGUCAAACUAACUUAGCAAGGGAAUAUUCACACUAGUACUUUGAAUGAAAACGGUUUAUAUUAGAAGUAUGUGUUCAGAAAGAAGAGUAACUAGUAUAGUAUGAAAACUCUAAAAACAGACUUAAAGCAGGUAAAUCCCUUUAACGAAGCACAAAGAGUUUUGUAUUGGUUACUGCAACGCAUUCAGUAAGGACAAUGUAUUGGAUAACCUAUCAUAAAGGGACACUAUAGUCACCCAGACCACUUCAGCUCCAUGAAGUGGUCUGGGUGUCAGGUCCCUCUAGGGUUAACCCUGCCUGAUGUAAACAUAGCAGUUUCUCAGAAACUGCUAUGUUUACAUCUGGGGUUAAGCCAGCCUCUAGUGGCUGUCUUCCACUAGAGGUGCAAUGCAAUGAUUGAAGCAUAUUAUGCCUCAAUCACGCAGAGCGUCCAUAGGAAAGCGUUGAUAAAUGCUUUCCUACGGACACUUUGAAUGCGUGCGCGGCAUUUGGCGCCGGUGACGUCAGACAAGGAUGCUCACGUCGGCGGGGGAAAAGGGUGAGUAGCUGAAAGGGUUUUAACACUAUAGAACCCUGGGGGUGCCCCCACACUUCAGCGCCCUGGGAGGGGGACACUGAGGGUGGGGGCACCCCCAGGGUACUAUAGUGUAAUAAUAAGCCUGGUUAGUCAUAUUUUUUUGAUUCAUAUUCUUCCUCUCCACUCAUAGAAGGCUGAGGAAUUUCCUUUAGUGGCGUUUUUUUACUUUUUAUUAACAUUUUUCAAUUUAGAAAAUUGGGCAGACUAGAUGGGCCGAAUGGUUCUUAUCUUCCGUCACAUUCUAUGUUUCUAUGUGGUGCAUGGGAAAAUCUCUAGGCUUCAAAAUGCAAUUUCAGGACUGUUGGCACGUAUGAUAUGCUAAAUCUAAUUCUCACCAUUGAAUAUUGUUGGGGUGUCUAUUGAAUGUUUAGGCACACUGAAAAAGCAGAGAAAGGAUCCCCUUGCAUACAAAGUUCCAGAAAACUUAUUUGGAGGGUAAGAUGCAUUGCAAUGUGGAGAAGUAGUGGCCAGUUGGUGGUUAACAAAUGUCUCCAUGGUUUCUAGGCCAGAUAACAUUCUGUUUUUUAGGCUCAGAGAUACAGUCAUAGAGUUCUAUGUAAAAUGUUUCAAAUGCAGGUUAUGAGACUUAAUACUAUUCUGAAUCUUCUGGUUUUCUCUCAUUCCCCAGAAUCAUGGCCAUUGACUGGAUAGGAUUUGGCUAUGCGGCCGUUUUGGCUUUUGGUGGUUUCCUGGGAUAUUCCCGUAAAGGUGAGUAAAUAAUGUCCUUAAACCCUGCAGUAUUGUGUGUGUGUGUAAUUGCAAAGAAUUGACAAGAGACUUUUAAAUUGUGGGUUUAAUUAAUGAAAAUCAAUCAUUUAGAACAACUUCAUUAGACUCUGCAAAAGACCUAUAAAAUAGCACGGGUAUCCGACUUGGGAGUUAACAACCCUGUUUAGCAUAAUAACCCCUGCAGUCCUUUUACAUGUAAUAAAUGUACACUUAUAUGGUAUGGUUCACUAAACAAAGGAUUGCGGAUAUAAAUUGGGGCAUUGUAGUGGAACUGAAAUAAUUAAUACAUUCUGCAGAUUUUUCAGCUUGUCUAUUUUGACCUUAAUAUUAUAUUUCUAUUGUUCUUUCUUUACAAUUCACAUUGUGGUGAAAAAAUCCAACAUUUGUCAUUUUAUUUAACCUUUCCAUGUAUAAUUACUGGUACGUGUCAUGUAACCCUGGUAUAUUACAUUUGGUUUUAUUGUUCUGGAUUUUAUUGUGAUUUUCUAUUGCAGGAAGUCUUGUGUCAUUGAUCACGGGUGUCUCUUUUGGCAUUGUUGCUGCUUACGGAGCGUAUUGUGUUUCAUCUAAUCCCAGUGACGUCAAGAUAUCUUUGAGUAAGUAAAUUAAAUUCCUACAGAUUUCAAGUUGUUGUGCAGUGUGUGAAACUCCUUGUGUUUUAUGGAUUAUGCACACAUUACGUGAAUUUCUCUCGUUUCCCGUUUCUUUACCAGCUCUAAAAUGUUUCUUACAAAAUUAGAUCCGGUACCUUUAGGAAAAUAUAUUUAGACCAAAUUAAACUAAUCAUUUUUAAUCUAUUUCUAUAAUUCCUAUAGGUACCAAACUUGAUAUACACAAGUUGCUCAUUCACUCUACAGUCACAGGAAAAUAAUACCAUGUUCACACAUGUUGGUACAUGUUGGUCUUGUAGCCAUGGCAACAAACAUGUAACACAGUAUCACGCAAAUGUGAAACGCCUGAGAAUUAAAGGGUCACUACAGCCUGGAAUCUACCUUAAUUAUUGUAAUAUAUUUGCAUGUUUUUAUGCUGUGAAAUAUUCUCAUGAAAAUUGUAGUUUCCAACAUUGGUUGCAAAAUAAAUGUAUAUUUUGUUUCUACAGUUGCAUCAAUUUCUCUGGCCACGAUUAUGGGCCUGAGAUAUAAUCGUUCCAGAAAACUAAUGCCUGCAGGAAUCAUUGCAGCGUUAAGGUAAGAAUGUUACAUUGCUCUCUCUCAAUGUUAUUUCUCAUGUGUCCAGCUCGCAGAACUUGGAUGCUGGCUCUUGGUGCGCAGGCUGUACUUGUGCCGAGCGGCAAGAGAAAUGUAUCUCCCUACUGCCACUCAAUGUUUAGUGAGGGAGCUUUCAACUGAUAAUUUGCUUGUUCAGCUCUAUCAAUUAAAAUAUAGAAGAGAAAAACUUAGUGUAAGAAAAAUACAGGCAGAAUUAAAGAUUGUCAUUUUACAGGGAUACCAAACUUGGAGAAGUGGUUUUGUUGUAUAGAUCAUACCUCUGCCGUCUCACUGCCCAAUUUAGGAGUUAAUUCAGCCCUAGAAACACCUUGCCUGGCCUCCAUGAAAAAAAGGUUUAAUUCUACAUCUUACUGCACAGUUUGUUUCCUUUAGAAGUUUAUAACUCCUGUUUUAAACUUUAAAGAACAGCAGUCACCAUAUUUUCAUUUCUCAUUUUUCUGAAAGAUCAUUAAAUUUAAUUAAACUUAAUUUUGUUUUUAAAUUAUGUAUAUUGAUUUUUUUGAGAACAUUUUACUUUUUAAUCCAGAUGAGUAGCUAUAUCUGGUCUGAGUAUGGUCUGACCAACUGUUGCUCAACAUGUCCUGGUAAGAUUAAAGUAGACUAUAACCCAACAUGUCUACUCAGCAGGAUACAAAAAAGUGAAAUUUCCUAAAAACAAAACAAUCUACAUUAUAUAAAAAACAAUAACAAUCUAGUUUUCUUAAAUAUAAUGAACAUUUGGGGGGAGGGGAAGAAAAAGUGAACAUGUGAUGACAGUUGUCGUUUAAACAAACAGAGCCUUCUGUAGGCUCUAGAAGAGAACAUACAGAGCAGGAGAUAAAAUAAAAAUUCAAAAAUUUUCAAACUUUAAUAAGAAAAGCUAAAAAAUUUAGACUUCUUCUUUUUCAGGAAGUAUGUAUGGACGUUGUGUGAGUCACAGCCACGUGAAGUAUGUAUGGGGCUGCAUAAACAAAGCGAUUUAACUCAAUUUCAGAGAAUUGAGAAGUGAGACUGCAGAUCCAUGAUCCAGACACCAAAACAACUUAAUGAAGCUAUAGUGUUUUGACAAAAAAAGUGCUCCUUUAAGUAAGUGAAGGUUGGUGGGUCUUUUUUUAAAACUAACUAGAGACCCAAAGUUGCCUAACAGAAUAUGUAACAGGGGGGAAUUGAUCUCAGUGCAAGAAUAUUAAAGGACCACUAUAGUCACCCAGACCACUUAAGCUCAAUGAAGUGGUGUGGGUGCCAGGUCCAUCUAGGGUUAACCCUGCAGCUGUAAACAUAGCAGUCUCCAGAGUUUACAUUAAGGUUAAUCUUUACAUUAGGGUUAACCCAGCCUCUAGUGGGUUAGAGACUUCCGCGCUUCUCAUUGUGAAAAUCAGUGAGAAGACGCUGACGUCCAUAGGAAAGCAUUGAGAAAUGCUUUCCUAUGGAUUGAUUGAAUGCGCGCACGGCUCUUGCGUCGGAAGAGGGAGAUUUCCCCAGCGCUGGAGAAAGGUAAGUGAUUAACCCCUUCCUCCCCCUUCAGCCCAGCGGGAGUGGGACCCUGAGGGUGGGGGGGGGGGGCUAUAGUGCCAGGAAACUGAGUUUGUUUUACUGGCACUGUAGAGGUCCUUUAAGUACCAUGUACAAGGAGAAAUUCAUGUACUAAAAUUGAAGCAUUCUCCAUGGGAGUCAAUGAUCUGAUUGUUUUGUUUUUAUAAAAUUUGAUCUAGAAUUGAUGCUUUGUAUUGAAAAUGAAUCUUUUUGUAUAUACAUACAUUUUCUUGUAUGUAAUAAUUUUGUACUCCAUUUCCUACAGCCUUUUCAUGGUGGUUAGACUUGGAAUGAGUCUUUUCUAAGACAGAAAUAUCUGAUGGAUAACAUGUCUGCAACCAAGUGUUUCCUGAUCUCUGGAUAAUGCAAUUAAUUUUUACCUUAAAUUUGCACUGAAUGUUUAAGGAUUUGACAGAUCUGUAAUGAUUUUGAACAUUUUGUAUUAGACUAAUUCUGUAUAAAAUAAUGAGAAGAAAUGUAUUUUGAAUUAAUAUAUCAACAUAUUAAGCCUUUACAUGCAAAACUGUAUCACCUAAGAUAGUAGUUGGCUCAGUCAAAGUAGGUUGGGUUUUCAAAUGAAUUUAGCUUGAAUAAAAGCACCAGGUAAAUAACUUUGGGCCAUCAAAGAACUAAACAAUUCCGAAUCUUUCUGCCUCGUUAGAGUUGUUUUUUUUCACUGUUUCAAGCACUUUUGACUAACGUAGGAUAGAUCUGUUUUGUGGAUGGCUGAUAGUGUGUUGUAAUAAAAGCCAGUGGGAUUAGAUGCCAACUUCAGUAACUAUCAAUCUGAGCACAGUGCCAACUACUAUAUUAAAUAUCUUCACCAUUGUGAUAAAACAGAACAAAAAAUGGCAUAAUAUAAUACAAAAUUGUAAAAUAAAUCCAAGGCUUUGCAAAAUAUAAUGACAUAUGUACACAAUACUAAGGCUUUCUGGUUUGUUUGUUUUUUACUUUUUUAUAUUUGUACAAAAUUUUAAGGGAUUAUUUUUCAGAGCAAUCUACAAUUUUACCUAAAUAAAAAUUUAUGUACAUGCACAAACCAAUAGCACGUAUAUUUCAUUUCUUUGCAUUUGAAAUGUAAACUAUUUUUGUUUUCGUAUUGCUAAAACCUUUUUGGGGAUAUUAGUAGACAUGUAGAGACAUGAAGAAUAAGUUGCACAUUUUCAUUUAUAUGUGUAAUUGUUUUGCGGAUCACACAUGAAUCGGUUAAUAAAAUCUACCUCGUACUGAAAAACGUUAAAGAUGAUAUUUGAUGACCCCAUGUUAAGAGCACAGUACCAUCUUGGCAAUCAGUGUUUUCCAUUUGCUAAUACAUUAACACCAAUUUUCUCAUCUACAUCUAAAUUUGUGUUUUCCUGUCUUGCAGUUUUUGUUAUGUUACAUCAUACUACAGCUAGCUGGUAUUUCAUAGUUCUGUGUAAUUGUGCCACCACAUUGGGGAUCUAGCUUUUAUUAUAUCAUGCACCAUUUGGUUUUUACAUAUUCUGGUGGCUCAGCUCUGCUUGUCAAGCUCUUUUAAGGACAAUAGAUUUAGCAAAGUGUGUUUAUUGUGGGUUUGUACUUGUUAU